AUGAAAGAACCCCAGCUCCCACCUCCAGAUAUCACCAAACUAUCCAAACCUGCAAGGGCAACCCGCUACCUUGUGAUCGGCGCUGGGUCCCGAGGAAACGCCUACGCUCGCGCUGUCACAAGAACAACACCAGGUACCAUUCACGCCGUCGCCGAGCCACACGCCUUCAAACGACGCGAAUUUGGCCGGAACUAUAUUUGGGGUGCGGGGUCAUCCACAGAGGGACAGGAAUUCACAGAUUGGCGCGAAUGGGUGCAGUGGGAGACGGAGCGACGCAAAGCUAUUAACAAGAAUGAAAAUGGCACCGAGGACCAGCAUGCCGCGCUGAAUAUAACCACUCCACUCGGCGUGGAUGGCGUCUUUAUCUGCACAUUAGAUGAGACACACGUCGAGGUGAUCCAGGCUAUCGCCCCACUGAAAUUACACAUUCUCUGCGAAAAACCUCUUGCCCUCUCGCUGGAUGACUGUUUAACCGUUUACCGGACCCUCCAACCACCCGAGGGUCCGGAUAAGUCUCCCCUUGCUCCGAAAACAAUCUUCUCGAUUGGACAUGUUCUCCGCUACAGUCCUCAUAACAAGCUACUCCGCAGGCUCCUUCUUGAAGACCGUGUUAUCGGGGACAUCGUCUCACUGGAACAUACAGAACCAGUAGGCUGGUGGCAUUUCUCGCACAGCUAUGUCCGCGGGAACUGGCGUCGUGCUACAGCUAAAGGAGAUGGCUCUCUACUAACGAAAUCAUGCCAUGAUAUCGAUUUCAUCCUUUGGCUACUUUGCUCGCCCGUUUCGGCCGAGAAUGCGCAAGAAGAGGGCUUGAAUCCGCAUUUUCCACGGAGUAUCUCGUCAGCCGGGUCUUUGACGCAAUUCCGGCGGAAGAGGAAGCCGGUUGAGGCGGGUGAUGCUACAAAUUGUCUUUCUUGUCCAGCUGAGAAGGAUUGCAACUACAGUGCUGUGCGGAUAUACAAUGAUCGGCAUCUUGCGAAGGGACAUACAGGGUGGCCAGUUGACAUUGUCUGUCCUGAUAUCGAAGAUGCAUUUCAAGGACAGGGUGUCAAAGCUGCGGAGGCACAGUUACUUGCUAAGCUGGGCGAGGACUGGGAUGUUAAGACACAUUCUGAUGCAGAAAUUGCGGCACGACCUUGGUAUGGGCGGUGUGUUUAUGAGGCUGAUAAUGAUGUUGUUGAUGAUCAAGUUGUUACUGUUUCGUGGGAUGAUGAGGUUGGGCCGUCAUAUCGGCUUGCGAAGACCGCUUCGUUUCAUAUGAUUGCACCUACGGAGAAACAGUGUGAGCGGAGAGGAAGGGCUUAUGGGACGCUGGGUGAGAUCGAGUAUGAUAGCCAUCGGAUCUCGAUCUAUGAUUUUGCGUCUGCGGAGACUACUGUUCAUGAUGUGCCGAAGCCGCCGCCUGAGAGGGCUGAGUCGCAUGGUGGUGGCGAUUAUGGGCUUGCUGGGCAGUAUGUGGCUGCUGUUGAGGCUGUGGUCAAUGGGGGAAUGGAUAUUCAGACCGCGCAGGCGAGAUUCGUGGGUUGUACGUUGGAGGAGGCGGUGCGGAGCCAUGCGGUUGUGUUUGCCGCUGAAGAGGCGAGGCGUGAGGAGCGGGUCGUACGAUGGGGGAAUUGGUGGGAAGAGAAGUUGAGGGCUUCGGCUGCGAUUUUGGCGUGA